AUGUCGACCCGAAUUCAACAUCGUUCAUCUCAUCACCGUGAUCGAUCUCGAUCUCCUUUCGGAGAGAGCCGCCGUUCGAGGCAUCGGCAACGUUCACUCUCACCAUUUGGUAAUGAAUUCAAGGGAUCGAAUAGUGAUUACUACCAUCAGCAAAACCGGAAAUAUAAACCGUUCGAAAUAGGCUAUCAGACGCCGGAGUUUUGGCAAAACCGUCGUCAGGCCAGAGAAGAUGCGGGUGCAUCUGGGAAUAAAAAAAUCUGGGGAUCGCCUCCUGAAGAACCGUACACAGAUUCAGGAGAAGAUGAAUAUUUCGAACUCACUCGCGAAGGCCCUCUACCUCCCUCCACCCCCUCUUCCGAUAGAAACGUUGAAAAGAAGCGAAAGAAUCACGAGAAGGAGAGUAAAAUGGGUAAACCGCACAAGCACCACCGCCACAAUCAUCGACACCAUCACAAGAAGACAAAGAAGAAGCGCCGCCGCUCAUCCUCGACUUCGUCCUCACCGUCCUCCUCCAGUGCUGAUAGUGAGGAGGACGAAGCGAGAUCAUUCAUACGACAAAUGAAAGCGAAAAAAGCCGAGUUGGAGAGAAAACGGCAGGAGGAGGAGGAGGCGACUGAGAUAAUCGGUCCGGUGCUGCCUGGGGCCAACGGCGCGGAUUCAACUAAUCAGCGAAUUGACUACGGUAAGGCACUCCUGCCCGGCGAGGGCGCUGCGAUGGCAGCAUACAUCGCAGAGGGCAAGCGCAUUCCGCGUCGUGGCGAGAUCGGUCUCACCUCAGAGGAGAUUGAGAAGUUCGAGCAAGUCGGCUACGUCAUGUCGGGCAGUCGCCAUCACCGUAUGGAGGCAGUGCGACUACGGAAAGAGAACCAGAUCUACUCAGCAGAUGAAAAACGAGCUCUUGAGAGCUUCAACCACACCGAGAGAGCCAAACGGGAGGCCAAACUGCAGGCGCAAUUUAAGGCGCUAGUCAAAAAGAAGCUGGAGGACAAGCAGAAUGUAGGAAUGUAA